UUGUACCUCGCGCCCGCCGCCAAGUCCGCACCAAGUGUACAAAACUGGACCACAGAGAACCAGAGAAAACACUCCAAUAAGCACGGCGCGUUACCGAGAACAGAAAACGACCAAGGGAAGGGGGAGUGGAGAAUUCGGAGGGCGAACGACCGGUGGGAAUACCCAACAAAUACCGAGCUGACGAUGAGUCGCAGCAUCGUACGACAGAGUAAGUUCCGGCACGUCUUCGGACAGGCGGGGAAGACGGAGCAGGGCUAUGAUGACAUACGCGUUUCCAAGGUGACGUGGGACAGCUCGUUCUGUGCCGUCAACCCAAAGUUCCUGGCCGUCAUUGUGGAGUCCAGCGGGGGCGGAGCCUUCCUCGUCCUGCCCCUCUCUAAGAUGGGUCGUCUGGAUAAGAACCACCCGUUGGUGACUGGCCAUACUGGGCCUGUCUUGGACAUCGACUGGUGCCCUCACAACGACAACAUCCUGGCAUCCUGCUCAGAGGACACCACAGCCAUGGUGUGGCAGAUCCCUGACCAGAUGGGGACCCGGCCCAUAUCAGAGCCCAUCGUGGUCCUGGAGGGACACUCCAAACGCGUCGGCAUUGUCACCUGGCACCCCACCGCACGCAACAUACUACUCACUGCAGGCAGUGAUAACCUGAUAAUAAUCUGGAACGUGGGAACUGGCGAGGCGCUCAUCUCCAUGGACGACCACCCAGACCUCAUCUACAACGUCAGCUGGAACCGUAACGGCAGCCUGUUCUGCACCACCUGUAAAGACCGACGCCUCCGUGUAUGUGACCCCCGCAAGAGAGAGGUGGUCGCGGAGAGGAUGGCUCCACACGACGGGAUCCGACCGAUGAGGGCCAUCUUUACCAGAGACGGAAACCUGUUCACUACCGGCUUCACCAGGAUGAGUCAGAGAGAGCUGGGCUUGUGGGACCCGACAAGUUUUGAGGAGCCUAUUGCACUGCUGGAGUUGGACACAAGUAACGGUGUGUUGUUACCUUACUACGACCCAGACACCAACAUGGUUUACCUCUGUGGAAAGGGGGACAGUAGUAUCCGGUACUUUGAGAUAACAGAGGAGCCUCCCUAUGUCCACUACCUCAGUACCUUCAGCAGCAAGGAGCCUCAGAGGGGGAUGGGCUUCAUGCCUAAAAGAGGGGUGGACGUCAGCAAGUGUGAGAUCGCCAGGUUAUAUAAGCUUCAUGACAAGAAGUGUGAGCCCAUCGCCAUGACAGUACCUAGAAAGUCAGACCUGUUUCAGGAUGACCUGUAUCCAGACACGGCGGGUUCAGACCCGGCUCUGGAGCCAGAGGAGUGGCUGGAGGGGCGAGACGAGGACCCCACCCUCCAGUCCUUGAGAGAUGGCUACGUUCCCCCUAAGAGCCGCGAGCUCAAAGUGGCCAAGAAGAACGUUCUGGACUCCAGACCCACCACCAGACGCAGCAUGUCCUCCUGCGACGGCUCAGCCAACCUGCCUCCUCAGUUGUUAGAGCGGUUGUUGGAAGAAGUUCAGAAUCUCAAGGCAACAGUUCUGUCUCAGGAGAAGAGAAUCUGUGACCUUGAGAAUAAACUCUCCAAGUACACCAACGGCACAGCCUAACACACACACACACACACACACACAUACACAUACACCACGACAACACUCUGUAACAGCCCACACACACAAUUCCACUAUCCACAUACAUCGCCACACCCCUACACAAUAGCCUUACUGCCUUACAUACACAGCCAGGCCAACAUUCAAUCUAAGCUGUUAGCAACAAGCACACUGCACUUGACUUUUAAAGGUAAUUUACGAUUAAGGUGAAAUCCACGGGUAUAUACCAUGAAUGUGAUCUCCGUGAACAACUGUGAAAUUGUCUUUUGAAAGGUGCAUUGUCGUUUGUGUAGUUCGCAGCUCUGCAACCUGCCUUUGAAUAAAUUCCACGCUAGCAACCCCAAUAACUCCUAACUUCAAACACAUAUAACCCCCACCCCCCUACACACACACACACACACACACACACACACACACACACACACACACACACACACACACACACACACACACACACACUCACAUGCACUCACAGACACACACACAACCCCCUCCCCCCAAACAAAUGCUCAGUACCUAGAGAGAGUGUCAGUUAAAAAAUGAUGUUUGAGUCGGGUUGUGAGAGAGUGAAUUGUUAGUAGGAUUUCUGGAAAACUUUGACAUUUUGUGAAAGUUACUGGAAUUUUGAAAACCUAGUUGAGAGUACAAACAGUAUCAUAGGCUACACACACGCACUGUCCCCAUCCCUCCAUCCAUCACCGACCAACACUCAGUAAUAACCAUCUCUGGAUCUCAGUCAACCUUCUCAAAAUGUAAAUAGUGCGAUAAAGCGAAAAAGUGUGGGGGGGGGGGUUUUAAAAAUACCCACAUUUGUGAAAAAAAAUCUAAUCUAAGAAGACUUUAGUGUGUUCUGUAAAGGAUUAUAGAUGAGACACAUGAUGACAUCAAUUAAAACAAUCUUUUUUUUUAACGG